AUGUCUGAUACUCUAGUGUAUUGGGAUUUAAUAAUCAGCAGUCAAGAGUCUUUUGUUCGUAUUCUGUCAUCCUACCGUAAAUUUGUCUGUGGGACUAUUUCUCUAGUAAUGAAGUACAUCAGAUCUUCAAAUAAUCGUUUCCUUAAUGCAGGUGGGAAAUACAGAAAGCUUUCAACCCUCGAAUCAUCAAGUAUAUCUGUCUAUCCUGUAGCUGAUCUAAUGAGAGCACGUGCUGAGUUUAUUCACCAAUGGAAUGUAUCGAUGUCCAACCAUUCUGUAGCCAAGUCAAUCAAAAGUGAUCAUUACAAAUAUCCACCAAAUAUAACUAUGAGAAAUUAUCUAGAAUAUCCAUUUCAUGAUAAUUCACCGGAAGUAUUUCCGUUUCUUCGGACUACAAAAAAUAUAAACACAACCCAAGUGGUAAAGUCUAAAGUUGUAGAACAGUCACUUGAACGUCAUAAAGUUGAAAUUAAAGUCGAUAAUAUAUCUGAUAAAGAAUUUAGGCGUGUUUGUAUGCUGCUCACUGAUAAGGCUUGUUUAUUUGAAGAUUCUGUACAAUUAGCUAAUCAAUAUCAGUGCAUAUCAGCAUGCUAUUUUAUUUGUGAUUAUUGUGAUUACAUUGGUAAAACAGAGAAUGAUGCCCAGAUACAUUUGCAACAAACAAAUCAUUUGACAUGCAGUAAAUAUUCACCUUGCUAUUAUACAAAUGAUUGCAAUGACAUGUCAAGUGAGCUGCAAAAGCCACGUGUUAUCUCUAAUAAUUCAGACAGAAUCUAUGGUUGGCAUGUUGGUGAUACAGUAGUGUGCUGUCCUACUUGUAAUUUACCAUUCUUGGAUAAGAUUAUGUGUGCAUAUCACCACUGCUUACAACAUACUGAAAACCAGUCUCUCUUUACUUACGGGAAGGUGUUGAUUGAUUGUAUAGAUGCUCUUUGUGUUCUCUCUGUAUCAUGUAGCAUCUGUCAACGUAGUUUUACAGCAGUUCCAUCGUUGGAAAUAGAAGCUGAUCAUCCUGGUCAGAAGAGAAAACAUCCGUCAAACAGAGAAAAUACCUACAGGUCACCAGCUUCUUGGGCAAAAGAUUUUGGUCAUUUUUGUAUUCGUCAUGCCUUUGAACAUAUAAAUCAGGGUAGAUUUCCUUUGUGUAGCUUGAAAAUACGGAUUAUAAGUGUACCAAAAUCUGUUAAAUGUCUUCCUCUCAUCACUGGUACAAAUAAUUCAAGCAGAUUGCAUUUUAACCUCAGCGAAUGUAAACGUCUUAUUUCAUAUCUUGAAAACCAUGAAUUGAAUUCCUAUUUACUUAAACAGGCUCAGAAAAGCUUUAGAGAUUUAUUUUUCGACGCUGUUUCCUAUGUCUCAUAA